ACCGAACACCACCAGUUAGAAUCUAGCCAGCGCACGGUCAAAGUCACAAAAAAAACACAGCACAGUUCACACAGUGUUCAUUCAAGCUUCUUUGCUCAAUUUUUUUUUCUCGGCGAGUGAUUCCUUUUGUUGUGAUUGUUCCGUUGUUUUUUUUUCCUCUACUUCAUCGGUCAGUACGUGAAAAUUGUUUGAGUUUGAUUUUUGGUGCGCGAAGAAUUUUCUCAAUUGAUUCUUGAACAUUUUUGAAGCGACCUAACAAAAAAAAAAGUUGGACAAAAUGUUGCACAAAGUCUAUAGUGGAUUUGUCAUAGUGUUGUUAUGGGCAGUGAUUUGUUCGGCAGCAGCAGCAGCGGCAGCGACGGCGGCGAUCGACGAGGAGCAACGAACAAAUAAUAGUAAUAAUGCAGCACCAGGAUUACGAACAGUAAUGCGAAUCUAUGACGAGUGCCAGCGAUCGGAUGGCGGUGUGGCAAUGUGUUUGAAGAAAAAAGCCGUUACAUUUAUUGAUCGCAUCUCAAAAAUCGAUGUGAUUAACGUUGGUGAUGGCGUUCGUGUGGUUGGCGUUGAAAAUGCAGCAGCAACGGCAAAAACGGCCAAAGCACUCAACGAACAUGAUUUGGAUCAAAUGAUGCCUCGCAGCAUGGAAGAUCGCGAUUAUUUCCUCAACAAUAUGCUUACGGAUAAAUUGGCCAAUUACAUUAGCGGUCGCAAAAUUCAAAUCAGCCUGCCACAAGUAACACCCAACGAAUUGGGACGUGGAAUGGAAGAAGGUCGUGGCAAAAUGAAGAAGAUGAUGAGCAUGAUGAUGAUGGGCUUUGCAAUGAAAAUGGCUGCAUUGGUUCCAGUCGCAAUUGCCGGUUUGUAUUUAUUGGCCGGAAAAGCGUUGAUCGUGUCGAAGAUCGCAUUGUUGUUGGCCGGUAUCAUUGGUAUCAAGAAGCUGUUAUCGAGUAAACAGAGUGGUGGAUCAAGCGGAGGAUGGUCAUCUGGUGGCUCAGGCGGAGGUUGGCAAUCAUCUGGCGGUCAUGGUGGUGGUGGUGGAUGGGAUCGUCGUUCAAACGAAGCUCAAAACCUUGCCUACAACGCCUAUUCGUACAAAACGGAAUAAGCAGAGUUUUUGGAAUGAAAUCGCCUUGGAUCGUUGUUUGCUGAACGAGUUGAGCAACAUUCAAGCCGGCUGGCAGUUAAUUUUACUAUUAGACACAUUUAUUGUAUACUAAAAUUUGCUUUUCAUCAUUAUUAUUUAUUUAUGCCGUAGAAAUUAAGACAAAUUUAUUUAUUUAUUCAUUGAUUUUUCUUUUGUCUUUUCGUUAUCUGGCGAGAAAAUUGAGACAACGUUUUUUAUUUUGUUCUUUCUUUAAGUUUCUUUUCUCUUUUUAUACUGUAGUAUAUGAUAUUCAUAAUGCAAGUUUUAUAAAAAAUUGCAAGGACACUUUGGAAGAAAAAAAGCACAAAGAAUUGAUGGAACAAAUCAAGAAAAUUGAAAAAAAAACAGAAAUUUUGGAAAAUACGAAAAUACUCUUGAACGAAGAAAACAUGAAAAAAUUUAGUUGUUAAGGAAAAUGAAGCCAUUUUUGACCUAAUUCAAUGACAAAUUGACUUUUGUGCAAACUUUUAUGUAAAAAAAAAGUACGUAAAAUGAGCAAAAAUAAAAUUCAAAAGCAAUCAACUCGCUAUCUCUAUCUAUUUCUCUGUUUUUGAAAAUUCAUUAAAAUUUCGCAUCGAACAUAGUUCGAUCAUCAACUUCUCUUCAACUUUCUUCAAUAAAAGAUGUACGUUAUAUAUUUUCUAUUGAAAAAUAAAACAAGAAAGCCAGAGCUUGCAUUUAAACACAUCCGGAUCAAUGUUCGUAGUUCCGUUAAAUCGCUUUACUUACUUUCCGUUGUGCUACACUCACUCUUACACACAGACACAAUCCAAAACAAAUACGGUUUUCAUUGAUUUUUAGAUGCUAGUUUUAACGCCUUUUGUAUUAACGAUUUUCUAAAGCAUGUACCAUUUCACACACACACACUGGAUGGAUUCAAACGAAUUUCAAUAAAAACAAUUAAUAAAUCAA